AUGCCGCUCCUCCGCCAGGCCGCUACCCUCAUUGGAAAAGAUCUCUUGAUCAUUGUACGAAGAAGAUGGCUUUCCACCGCCUUGAGGGCCUUGGCCCUCCCAAUUGUCUACAUGUGGUUCAUCUCUUAUGUCCGGAACUUCUUUCUUCCGCCUUCAGUAUAUGGAGUCGGAGAGCCUCGCCUUUUGCGUGAUAUUGGCCAGGUGUUCAAUGGCUCGGUAAGCUUAGGAGGCCGUAACACAGUGGCUUUUGUCAACAAUGGAUUCUAUGGCGGCCAGAUCGAGGAUGUCAUCACCUCUCUGGUCACUUCAUUUUCUGAUCUUGGAGUCCAGACACAUCUGCUGGAGUCUGAUGAAUCCUUGUUUGAAGUAUGUCGAAGCUCACUUCGCGGCACAUCGAGUUGUUACGGCGCGGCGAGCUUCCAUUCGUCUCCAUCAGAAGGACCCGACGGCACCUGGAAUUAUACUGCAAUCUCGGAUUUCGGCCUGUCCCAGCGAGUAUUUAUCGAUCAAGAUGACAAUGAUGCUGAAAUCUUUAUUCUCCCCUUCCUUCAAGCGAUCAAUUCUCAGCUGGCGGCACAAUCAGAGUCCACCUUACCAGGUCAAAUAAGAACAUAUCCCUUCACAAGCCAGACACGACAAGAUCGAGAUGACCAGAUUCAGACCUUUUUCAUGCGGGCUUUGGUCAAUUAUUUGGGUGUUGUCUUCUUCAUCGGCAUUUGCGGCGUUGCAUAUCAUUUGCCAGGAAAUCUUUCUGCUGAGCGUGAAAGUGGCAUCUCUCAGCUCAUCGACGUCAUGAUCCCUACACGUCAUCAAUGGCAGAGGCAGAUGUUACGGCUUGGGUCAAAACACUUGGCAUUCGAUAUCGUCUAUAUCCCAGGGCUUCUUGCCAUCGGUGCCAUCGUUGCUCGACUAGUCUUUGAGAACACCGACGCAACGACAGUUAUUUUAUACCAUCUACUGGCAGGACUGGCCCUUACGAGCUAUGCGCUCUUUGUCGGAACCUUUUUCCGCAGAUCCCAGUUGUCUGGAAUUACGGUUCUAAUCAUCUCUUUGGUGUUGGCCAUUAUUGCUCAAUUCAUCGUCAGGUCCAAUGCUGUUGCGAUCGCGCUUAGUCUCAUCUUUCCUUCGGUCAACUAUACGUUAUUCAUCAUCUUUCUGGCUUCCUGGGAGAGAUCACUUACACCUGCAGAUUUGUUACGGUCUCCACCAUUUAAUGGACGCAACUCUGUUCCAGGAUACGUGUUCUUCGUUCUUCUUGGAGUUCAACUUUUUAUCUAUCCUUUGUUGGCCUUGACGUCUGAAUCUCUUGCCUACAGUGUUUCAGGAAAACAUAGGAGUCUCCGCAUACCUGGUGGCCCUAAAUCGCCUGCGAUACAAGUCCACAAUUUGAGCAAGCAUUAUUCACCAAGGUGGUGGCAAUGGGGUAAAAGCGUUGUCAGAGGCGUGGACGGACUGUCGUUUACUGGCAUUAAGGGUCAGAUCAUAAUGCUGCUCGGCGCCAACGGGAGUGGCAAAAGCACCACCUUAUCAGCAAUCUCAGGCGUACAUUCAGUGACAGAGGGCAACAUUCAGCUUGAUGGCGCGGGGGGUCUCGGUCUUUGUCCUCAAAAGAAUGUGCUCUGGGAUGAUCUCACUGUCACUGAGCACGUCCGAAUUUUCAGCAGCCUCAAGUCACAGGGAAAACCAGAGUCAUCAGAAGACAUCACGCAUCUCAUUUCCGCGUGUGAUUUGAAAUUGAAGGCGUAUAAAAAGGCCAAGACGCUCUCAGGCGGUCAGAAAAGAAAACUGCAGCUGGCUAUCGCAUUUGUCGGUGGUAGCCAAGUCUGCUGUAUUGAUGAAGUAUCUUCCGGCGUGGAUCCGCUUUCUCGGCGCAAGCUAUGGGAGAUUCUGUUGCAAGAGAAAGGAAAGAGGACAUUCCUUCUUGCAACACACGCGCUUGAUGAAGCGGAUGCGCUUUCGGAUAAUAUCUUGAUGCUUUCCAAAGGCACUCUGCGGGCUUUUGGGACCUCAGCGCAGCUAAAACAUGAUUUUGGCGGCGGCUAUCGAGUUCUUACUUCGAAAAAUUGGAACGUACCUGGAGCCUUUGCAUCGCGACAUGGAUUCCAAGAACAUCCUGACGGUUUCGAGUUCACCCUCCGAAAUGCCACAGAGGCCAGUCAGCUGUGCAAUGAUCUCGAAAAUAUGGGCAUCCGAGAUUACGAGGUCUUGUCACCGUCGAUUGAAGAUGUGUUUUUGAAACUCGCAGACGAGAUUCACGACGAGCAGGUCCUAUUGGAAAAUCGUUCUUCUCAAUCUACACCAGCUGUCUUCAAGGCUACUGCCAAAGCCUCCAGCCUAAAGAUCGCCCAAUACUCCAUGUCUCCAAAUGGCAUCAAGGAUCUCGCAACAGGGACAGGGACUACCUUUCUACAGCAAGUUUGGAUAGUCUUUCGCAAGCGAGUACGGGUUCUAUCGCGGAACUUCCUGCCAUAUUGUUUCGCAGUCAUCGUACCAGUUCUCACUGCUGGGUUAACCACGUUCUUUCUUUCGGGGUUCGAGGGACUGUCUUGCACCCUCGGUGCGAACGCCAACAAUCCCAAUGUCGCAACACUGCCAGCACUCGAUUUCUGGUGGGGGCUCGACGUCCCAAUUGGGCCGGCAAACCAAGUUGACCUUGGGAGAUUGCCUGCUGCUUAUGCUCAAUACUCAAGCCGGCUGGCACUAAUGCCUGAUUUUGAUGCCUUUCAGUCAUACAUACAGACGCGCUACUCUAGUGUUGUCCCCGGUGGCUACUAUCUUGAUUCAGAGAACCCACCACUCCUAGCCUACAGGGCCAAUGGUGGUGCGCAGUAUGCUGCUCUUGCGAAGAUCGCUCUGGAUUCAUACUUAACCAACAUUGACAUCAUCAGUCAAUUUUCGACGUUUGCGCUCCCUCUAGCCGCCAGCACAGGCGACUCGUUACAGCUGGUCCUAUACUUCACCUUUUCCAUGUGCGCUGCGUGCGGAUUCUUCACGUUGUACCCGACUUUUGAGCGGCUGAGCAAGGUGCGAGCUCUUCACUAUAGUAAUGGCGUUCGGGCAGCACCUCUGUGGCUCGCAAAUGCGGCAUUCGAUGGCUUAUUUGUGCUCGUAAUAAGUGGAGCUUCUAUCGCACUGCUGGUGGGCACCACGAACUUAUGGUUCCAACCCGGAUAUCUUUUUGUUAUCUUUUUCCUUUACGGUACAGCCUCCACGCUCCUCGUCUAUAUCGUUUCGUUAUUCGUCACUUCACAACUAGCCGCAUUUGCAUUUGCUGCGGGCGGACAGGCAAUAUUUGCGCUGAUUUAUUUCAUUCUUUAUCUGGUUCUCAUUACAUUCAGCCAACCUGAAGCCUUGCUCAGGAGCUUGAACGCAGUGCAGUUCUCCUACGGUCUAUUAACUCCUUCUGGCAACCUUGUCAGGGCGUUACUGCUCGGCUUGAACCAGUCACAAUUGCUUUGUCGAAAUCAAGGUUAUAUAUCCUACGCCGGCAAUAUUGAAGUAUACGGAGGACCUAUACUUUAUCUGACUCUACAAACUAUGGCAGCAUAUGCCUUUCUUGUUUGGUAUGAUAGUGGCUGGCGACCGCAUGUUGGAAGAAUCGGGAGAAUGCGAACCGGAAAAGACGUGGAAAAGGACACAGUCAACGUUGAACCAGACGUCCUAGAAGAAACUUCACGGGCAGAAACUUCGACAGACGGUCUGAGGCUUCUCCAUUUGUCAAAACGAUUCAAGAGAGAUACCGUGGUUGAUGACGUGACCUUUGGUGUGCAGCAUGGCGAGGUGUUUGCCCUUCUGGGCCCUAACGGCGCAGGAAAGUCGACCACAAUUGGCUUAAUCAGAGGCGACAUUCGACCCUCCUCGCAGACCAGUGAUGUUUUGAUUGAGGGUGCUUCCAUCAGGACAGAUAAGGCUACAGCACGACAACAUCUAGGUGUGUGUCCGCAAUUCGACGCGAUGGACAGGAUGACCGUGACCGAACAUUUGAAAUUCUACGCCAAAGUACGUGGAGUGGCAGACGUCGACUUCAACGUAAAUCAAGUGAUAUCCGCAGUUGGACUGGAUGCCUUCCGCAACCGCCCAGCCGCAAGGUUGUCGGGAGGGAAUCAGCGUAAACUCAGUCUGGGAAUUGCCAUCAUUGGUAACCCGUCCAUUCUCCUACUUGACGAGCCUUCGUCGGGAAUGGAUGCCGUUGCGAAGCGUGUCAUGUGGAAGACCUUGGAAGGCAUCAAAGUGGGCCGGUCACUCGUGAUCACAACACAUUCAAUGGAAGAGGCUUCAGCUCUGUCUGAUCGAGUCGGCAUCCUUGCUAAAAGGAUGCUUGCAGUCGGCACCACGAAUUCGCUGCGGAAGAGACAUGGCGACGCGUAUUACGUGCACCUUGUUCAUGUCGACGGUCCUCAUAUGACCGAUGAAGACGGAGACGUGGUAGAGAAAUGGUUCCUUGACAACAUUCCAGCUGCCGAGAAGCAGACAACUUCACUUCAUGGGCAGUUUCGUUUCAUCGUGCCAAAGAUGGUACAGCUAGCGGACGGACGGUUGUCCAACACUGGCGGCAUUUUACUGAAGUCCCUGGAGCUCAACAAAAGUGAACUCAAAAUACGGUACUACACCUUCAGCGAAACGACCCUAGAAGAUGUAUUCCUCACAGUGGUUGGAACGCAUCGUGUUGAGGAAGAAAAGACAUAGUAUAGUGUAAUAGAUUGAUG